AUGUCGGAGCAAGAACAAGGAAUUAUCCAGCAUAGCAUGCUACCUCCUCCAUAUAGCGAGAGAGAGCCAGUCCCGGUGCAGUUUCAGAUUCGUCGAAAACCGAUCGGUGUCCAGAACGCUAGUAGCGAAAACAUAGCAUCUGCUCCGAAAAAUCAGAAUACCCAUUCGUUCGCGACAAGUAUAAGCCAGACGAAUCAGCUGGGAGAACAGAUUCGUAACUCACAAGCUACACAACCUAGGGACCGUCCAAAUAUUUCUCUUCAUACCCCAUCCCCACCGCCUAUACACACUCUAAUUACGGAUGGCCAUCUCAUCGCCAGUCCCUCUUCGGCUUCGAGCAGUGCAAUUCCUUCAUUGGAAGGUACCAGUUUCUCCACAAGUACGACCACCUCGUCCGUAAGCGAAACAUCUCCUGGGGCCGGACCGGCAUCUGGGGGUUGGAAAAAAGCUGCCACGGAACAUGCUCAAAAGGCAUUCCAGGAAGCAAGACAUUUUGUCGGGGGCUUGAUAGCACAUCCUACUGUCAGCAAUAAACACUACACCAUCCUGAGGCAUUCCCAUGGGGUGGUAUUCUAUCAGGGAAGCAAUACUUUCCUUGCAAUCUCCAUUUUUGUGGACGAACCAUUGCCCAGGGACCGCACAAUAUGGAUGCAGUGUAAAGGAUGGUCUGGAAAGACCGGCAUGAAAGCAAAGGCGCUUUUUGGCUUAAAUGACAGCUGGCUUAAUGUAACACCAACUCUGGCCAUUAAGCCGGAUCAAGUCAACGCCAGCGAUGAACGUGCUUGGCAGAGAGAUAUCAAACGGUUUCGAAAGAAGGCUUUUGGUACCCCUCUGGAAUCUCAUGUGCUUCGAGAAACGGCCAUCAUCCGCGUACCUGUUGAGACGACUGACGGCUACUAUCAGCUAGUUCUUUGCCGCGGCGAGCAGAAACGCAAAGUUCUUUGCACAAGCCCUGUCUUUCGGGUGAUUUCAACCUCAUCAGAUCCGUCAUCUCUACGAGGGGCAAGUUUGAGCACGCUGCCACUGGAGUUAGGGCUAUGGAUUGGCGGAAUGUACGCACAAAGUACGGCAAGUACUAUUGUCUCUCCGAUAACAUCUCGGAUACAGACCGCUACAAAGCCGCUUAUGCCAUCACGAAAAGCUCAACUGGCUCUUCAGACUGCAUACACGGCGAGCGGGUUGCAAAACCGCGUUGGCACGGGUAUGCAGGAUGCCACUGGUCGUUAUGAUGAGGUUGAAACUGAAGCGUUUACUCGGCUCGGCAUGGUAGAUGUAAACAUUGAGACUGGUCCGGUCGCGCCAUAUCCCGUCGACUUUGUUGCAAAGGUUGACAUACAAGUGGCAACACCCUCGUUUGAUCACAACGGGUUGCCGAAGAAGCUUCGCCUAAAAAGUGUCCCCGGGCGAAUUUUGCCACGAUUAGAUGGUCACUACUUUUCUUGGUGUAAAUUUCUCCAUACGAGUCAGAAAAGUACGACCAACGUCGAGAAGAAAGUCGAGGUAGGACAGCCGUGGCUGCAGUGUAUUAUUUCCGCUUCAAGUACUGUCUCUGAGGAGCGAAUCUCAAACGUGCGCUCGCGCAAAGCAUUAAGAGUCAUCACGUCCAUAAAAAUACUCGAAGACAUGGAUAUCCCACCAACAGCUCAAAUUCAGAUUCGUAUCAUGGGUUUUAUCCGUCCACCUAAGCCAAACGCUGCCUUGGUUGGUAAUCCCAGUGGCGAAGCCGAAGCCGAAGAGCAGAUGCUUCUCGACGUUUGCGACAUUGAACUCACACGCAAUAUGCUGGAUAGCCCUGCAUGGCAACCCCAUUAUGUGCCCGGUUCACUAAGUAGUCAAAGACCCGUCGAGGGCAGCGAGCCCGAGAAACAACAGUCUGGCAUAUGGGACAAAGCCAAGGAUGGAUAUGCUAACGUGCGUCUCAAAGGCCAGACGAUGGUUGGACAUAUUCCAUUUCAUCGUAUCGGUAUUAGAACGGAGACGGAUGAACUCAAGGAUAAGAACCUUGCUGUUUCUGGGUAUUAUAUACCGCGUUAG